AUGGUACAAAAUUAUGUUUCAUUUUUGAAAUUAGCCGAUCAAGAAUCAUUGAUUGUGCCAACAUUCGAAAUCGAUUUGAUUUGGCAUACACAUAUGAGAGCAAAUCACUCUUACUUAGUAGCUACAGAAGCCCUAUGUGGAUUUCGUCUCGACCAUAAUGAUGAUAUCGAUAAGGAUACCCUAGGCAAUGCAUAUAAGAGAACAGCUGAACGAUGGAAAGAAAUUUAUAAGACGGAAUAUGGUACAAAUAUUGACAAAAAUCAAUUGAGUACAUCACAAUAUGCUAGUAAUUGUGCACUUGUAUCACGAACAAGAUUAGUUAUUCAGUCUUCGUUACCUGCCAGUAAAGUAGUAAAGAGUAAUGUUUGGAGCAAUGAUGGAGGCGGUGAUGGUGGUGGUGACGAUUGUGGUGAUGGUGAUGGUGAUGGUGGUUGCGGUGGUGACGGUGGAUGUGGAGGAAGUUUACCUCUUGGCACACAAAGCCCCUAUGGUACACUUCGUCUUAGUUCUGAUGCGAGUGAUACACUCGAUCCUCCAAUUAAAUUUGAACAUUAUGGCGGUUAUCAAUAUUCAGAUACACAUAUAAACGUUUUCUCACAUAGACAUACGUUCGGUGCCGGCCUUCAAGACUAUGGUGAAAUGGGUAUCUUUCCUGUUCAAGUCGAUAGUGAUAACCAUCUACAACGUCUGAUUUCAACUAGAAAUGACUAUCGAAGUGCAUUUACACAUGAACGUGAACGAAUCAAGCCUGACUUCUAUCAAGUCUAUCUUGACACCCAUAGAAUCAAUGUUGAAUUAACUGCUACUAAGCAAGUCGAUAUUCAUCGAUAUUCAUUUGAUAAUAUCAAGAAAAAACAUCGUAUUAUUCUCAUUGAUAGUAGUUAUACACUACCACUAGCAGCUUGUAAUCGGAGUCAUGUGCAUAUUGAUUCGGAAAAGAAUGAAAUAACUGGUUCGAUCUUUUUCGAAGGAAAUUUUUCUAGAAGUUUUGGUGGUAUGACAACAUAUUUUAUUAUUACAUUUACUAAUUGA